AUGGAUAUCAUAGAGACAGCGAAACUUGAGGAACAUAUGGAAAACCAGACCAACGACCCUGCAAACACUUACACAAGACCCACUGAGCCUGUUGAAGAAGAAAACAAAAAUGGCAGUGGUAAACCCAAGAGCUUAUCCAAUGGGCUGCGAAAGGGCACCAAAAAGUACCCGGACUAUAUCCAGAUUGCUAUGCCCUCUGAAUCAAGGAACAAAUUUCCCCCAGAGUGGUGGAAAACGGGCAUUGCCUUCGUGUAUGCACUCUUCAACCUCGUCUUGACCACCGUCAUGAUCACAGUUGUGCACGAGAGGGUCCCUCCCAAGGAGCUCAGCCCUCCACUCCCAGACAAGUUUUUUGAUUACAUUGACCGGGUGAAAUGGGCAUUUUCUGUAUCAGAAAUAAAUGGGAUUAUAUUAGUUGGAUUAUGGAUCACCCAAUGGCUGUUUCUGAGAUACAAGUCAAUAGUGGGGCGCAGAUUCUUUUUUAUCGUUGGGACUUUAUACUUGUAUCGCUGUAUUACAAUGUACGUUACUACUCUUCCUGUGCCUGGAAUGCAUUUCCAGUGUGCUCCAAAGCUCAAUGGAGACUCUCAGGCAAAAGUACAACGGAUUCUACGGUUGAUUUCUGGUGGUGGAUUGUCCAUAACUGGAUCACAUAUCUUGUGUGGAGACUUCCUCUUCAGUGGUCACACAGUUGUGCUGACACUUACUUAUUUGUUCAUCAAAGAAUAUUCACCUCGUCACUUCUGGUGGUAUCAUUUAAUCUGCUGGCUGCUGAGUGCUGCCGGGAUCAUCUGCAUUCUUGUAGCACAUGAACACUAUACUGUCGAUGUGAUCAUUGCUUAUUAUAUCACAACACGGCUGUUUUGGUGGUACCAUUCAAUGGCCAAUGAAAAGAACUUGAAGGUCUCUUCACAGACUAAUUUCUUGUCUAGAGCGUGGUGGUUCCCCAUCUUUUAUUUUUUUGAGAAAAAUGUGCAAGGCUCAAUUCCCUGCUGCUUCUCUUGGCCAUUGUCUUGGCCUCCAGGCUGCUUCAAGUCAUCAUGCAAAAAGUAUUCGCGGGUCCAGAAGAUCGGUGAAGAUAAUGAGAAAUCUACCUGAGGAGCAAAACAAAGGCAUCAGCUCUUAUACCAAAAGAGUUCAUGCUGUAACCAAAGAAUUUCAAUCAGGCAUCAGAUUUUAUUUCAUCUAUGUUGGGAGAGGCGAUCUGCCAUGCCUCCAUCUCAGAUGAGCA